GUGAUUUUCAGGUGUAUGAACUUGAGGAGCAAGGGUACAUCAAACCUUGUUCCAAGAGCCACAGACAUCAGAGCUUUGGAGAGAGAGUGUGCUAGAAAAAGAAGAGAAGAAGAGCAACAAGCUCAACUGCAGCCACUGGAAGCUGCAAUGGAAGAACAACAAAAUCCUCAGAACCCCAAUGGACCUCAACAGCGACCAGCUCGCCCCAUUGGCACUUAUGACCGCCCCAACAUCCAUGGUCCUAGACUUGGAAUUCGAGCACCAGCUGUGGCUGCUAACAACUUUGAGAUCAAGUCAGGACUGCUCAACUGCAUAGAGAACAACAAGUAUCAUGGUCUGGCUGUGGAGGACCCAUUUGAUCACUUGGAUAAGUUUGACAGCUACUGUGGUAUGUCAAAGACUAAUGGUGUGUCAGAGGAUGCUUUAAAGCUCAAGCUAUUCCCCUUCUCUUUGGGGGAUAAGGCACGUCAGUGGGAGAAGUCUCUACCAAGUGACUCCAUCACCACUUGGGAAGACUGCAAAAAGGCAUUCUUGGAGAAAUUCUUCUCCACCUCAAGAACUGCUAAGUUGAGGAACGAGAUCUCCAGCUUCCAACAGAAGAACUUGGAAGGAUUCAGUGAAGCUUGGGAGAGAUUCAAUGGUUACCAAGCUCAGUGCCCACACCAUGGUUUUUCCAAGGAGAGCUUGCUGAGCACAUUCUACAGAGGUGCUCUUCCUAAGUAUAGAGCCAGACUGGAUACAGCUAGCAAUGGGUUCUUUUUGGGGAGAACUGAGGAAGAAGCAGAGGCUCUGGUUGACAACAUGGUUAAGAGUGAUGCAGUCUACAGUGGAGACCAUGACAGAAGCAGUAGAGGUGAUGACAAGCACACAAGGAAUGAGAUCAAAGCUCUUCAGGAGAAGAUUGACACACUCAUUGCUGAUAAGGCCACACAAGCGCAGGUGAACUUUGUUGGUAACCCACAACAGGAGAUACCUCCUACUGUCAAUGAGGUUGAUGGUUUGGAAGGGCAAGAAGAAUUGUGUUUCAUCAACAGCAAUGGUAGCUGGUACAAGAAGGAACCCAACUUUCAGUACAACAACUACCAACAGAAGCCCUAUUCCAACAACCAGCAGAGUGGUUAUCAGCCAAGAAACAACCAGCAGAGCAACUAUCAGCCUCAGCAAAGCCCCUCUCCUAGCUCUUCUGCCCCUCAAGAGAGCAGCACUGAUGCAUUACUGAAACAGAUCUUGGAGUCUCAGACUAGAAGUGAGAAGCAUGUGGGCUAUGAGCUGAAGAACCUUCACUCCAAGAUUGAUGGGAGCUACAAUGAGCUCAACAACAAAUUCUCCCACCUUGCUUCUUCUGUCAAGAAUUUGGAGAAUCAGUUUGCUUCCAUGAGCACCCACCAGAAUCGUCAGCCAGGAUCUCUACCUGGAAAAUCUGAUCAAAAUCCCAAGGACGCAAAAGCUGUCACACUCAGGAGUGGUAAGCAGUUACCUCCUAGAACCCUCACCAAGGAUGCUGAGAAACAAGGUGAGGAGAUAGCCAUCAAUCUAGAUGAUGAAGUGGUCAUUGUUGAUGAGAAGACAGAUGAUGAGAUCUUGGAGAAGAUUGAGAAAGAUAAGGGUAAAGGAAAGGUUGGAGAAGAGAAGAAGACAACAAAAGAUGGUGAAUCUGCUGCUCCAGCAGGUGAGAGCUCUUCUGUCCCUCCUCCCUAUGAACCCAAGCUUCCAUUCCCUGGUAGAUUCAAGAAGCAGCUGCUACAGAAGUACAAGGCUUUGUUUGAGAAGCAGAUGAGUGAAGCUCAGGUUACAAUGCCCAUCAUUGAUGCUUUCAUGCUGAUUCCUCAAUACAGCAAGUUCUUGAAAGAUGCUGUAACUGCUAAGAAGAAGGAGAUGGAGGGCAUGAUGGUUCUGAGCCAUGAGUGCAAUGCCAUCAUUCAGAGGCUUAAUGCUCCAGAGAAGCUAGAGGAUCCAGGAUGCUUCACACUACCUUGUGCUCUUGGACCUAUGGUUUUUGAGAAAUGUCUCUGCGAUUUGGGAGCUAGUGUCAGCUUGAUGCCUUUAUCUGUGGCAAAGAAGCUUGGCUUCACUCAAUACAAGAAGUGUAGACUCUCUCUGGUGUUAGCUGAUCGUUCAGUGAAGUACCCUGUGGGCAUCCUAGAGAACCUCCCUGUGAAGAUUGGAGGGUAUGAGAUACCUACAGAUUUUGUGGUGCUUGAAAUGGGUGAGGAGGCUCAAGACCCAUUGAUUCUUGGAAGGCCAUUCUUAGCUACAGCAGGAGCUAUUGUGAAUGUGAAAGAAGGCAAGAUUGACCUCCAUUUGGGUAAGGCGAACAUCCUCCACUUUGACAUCAAGGAGAAAAUGAAGAACCCCACUGUGUUUGGACAAGCCUUCAUCAUUGAAGAAAUGGGCCCUCCUGCUGAUGAUCACCUUGGUGAGCUACCACCUGAGGAAGAUGGGGUGUUAACUCCACUUUCUGCACCUACUCCAGCCUGAUCCAAAGGAGGCAAAGUCAAGCUAGAGACUUAAAACAAGCUCACUUGGGAGGAAGUCCCAUGAGUAUCCUUGUAUAUAUUGCAUUAGUAUUUUUAUUUUCAUCUUACUGCAUAAAGCAAUGGGAAAAUGAAGUUGUGUGCAGGUAAAAAUAGGCAAAAGGAGUGACACAAGGACGAGCAGAGCCCAACGACCAGUCACAGCGGCUCUGCCUGGUCGCUGUGACUCCAUCAGCACGGAGCGGUCUUGGCGCAGCGGCUGAUCCCCGUCGCUCGCUUCAUUCUGGAGCGACCUCCCACAGCGGCUCAUGGAGGUCGCUGUGAAGACAUCACCAGCAGCGACGCACCCGCAGCGACAUGUCCCCAUCGCUCGUCUUCUUCGGCAGCGGUUAACUGGAGCGGGUCUCCCUGGUCGCUGAGAAGCCAUCACCCGCAGCGACCCUACCUGGUCGCUGUGACCUCACCGAGCCGGAGCGGCCAGCCUCAGCGGGUAGCACAGGUCGCUCGUUGUUCCGAGCAAACCUGGAGCGACCCAUCACAGCGGGUCCCCUACCUCGCUCCACUCCAGGAACUUUGAAAUUCCUAGCAUCAUCUUUACAA